GUGCGUAUGUGUCGACCCGGCAGCAGACUAGCCACUACGAUCAUUCUUUCAGACCGUCUAUGCUGCCAUGCACAUACGGGAUGUUCGACCCGAUCACACGUGUCCCUCACCGGUUCUUGCAUAUAUAUUCCGACCGUGGGCCUGCUCUACUCAUUCUACUCUUUCACUUCCCCCCUGACUUCGUCCUCGCUCACAUCCACGAAGCAUGACGACGCCUACAGAAACGACGAAGCUCUUUUCUCCCUCGUACCAGUCUCUGGCGAAGAGAGAUCAACUGAAGUUUCCUCUUGGACUGAUCCCACAACGCGUCCGACCCUACUUGGAGCUGAUCCGCUUUGAAAAGCCCACUGGCACGAUUUUGAUGUUCUGGCCUUUCGCGUGGGGUCUCACCAUGGCCGCUCGUGCAGUUGCCCUCCCCCUGCAGGAAUACUUUCCGAGGCUUCUGCAAUGCCUCCUUGGCGCAUGGCUCAUCCGCGGGUCGGCAUGCACCGUCAACGAUAUCUUCGACCGUGAUAUGGAUGCAGGCGUCGAGCGCACUCGAGGCAGGCCGCUUCCCAGCGGUCGCAUAUCCGUCCGCGCAGCGACCAUCUACCUGCUCGUGCAGUACGCCCUCGGCCUCGCCUUCUUCUACACGACGCUCAGCGGCCUCGCUUUCUAUGUGGCGCUCUUCCAGCUUCUCCCGAUGUUCAUGAUCUACCCCCUAUUGAAGCGCGUGUCGGACUGGCCUCAGGCCUGGCUGGGGUUUGCGAUGAACUUUGGGUUCGUCACCGCGUGGAUCACGACCACUGGGACCAUGGAUGCGGCGCUUUUGGCUGCUGCGAUGGCAGGCUUCUGGAGUUGGACCAUGUUGUAUGACACCAUUUACGCGUGCCAGGACAAGGCAGACGACGUCAAAGUUGGAGUCCGCUCGACUGCUCUCCUGUUUGGCGCGUGGAUACGACCUCUCCUAGUCGCGCUUGGGGUUAUGUUUGCUGCCAUGCUCGCGCUGGCAGGAUACCUAAGCGGUCAGGGAGUUCCGUACUACGCGAUCUCGGUCGGCGGCACAGCAGCGCACCUCCUCUGGCAGUACCACACCGUGGACCUCGAAGAGCCCGCUAGCUGCGGAGAGAACUUCAAGCGCAAUGGGCACCUAGGAUGGAUCAUCUGGGGUGGCCUCUUCGUCGACUACGCCACCACGGUGGUUUCGCCCGCCAUAGUUGCGUUCAUCUAGGCGCGCACAAACCUCCCGCAUGAAAUACGAUACGCUGUGUUGCACGUCAUGGACCUAUAUCCUUAUUACUGGCACAAUCUAUGAAGGCAAGCCUGAUAAUUCGCAAUAGCUAUAGCAUCUAUACUUAAUUCUAUCAUAUUCCUAUGCCUAAGUAAUAUGUACGCGUACGGUAGACUUCUUGGUGUCAGCUAUAUACAUGAUCUGUUGAAC